CGGGCCGGGGAGCCCGUGUGCGGGUUCUCGGGCCGGAGGCAGCGCCAGUCCCGGACUCCGGAGCCAGAGCAGCGGCCGAGCCGGGCGGCUCCAUGGCGGCCGAGGAGAUGCACUGGCCUGUGCCCAUGAAGGCCAUCGGCGCCCAGAACCUGCUAACCAUGCCUGGCGGCGUGUCCAAGGCCGGCUACCUACACAAGAAAGGGGGCACCCAGCUGCAGCUGCUCAAAUGGCCCCUGCGCUUCGUCAUCAUCCACAAGCGCUGCAUGUACUAUUUCAAGAGCAGCACAUCCGCCUCCCCGCAGGGCGCCUUCUCGCUGAGCGGGUACAACCGGGUGAUGCGGGCAGCUGAGGAGACCACCUCCAACAAUGUCUUCCCCUUCAAGAUCAUCCACAUCAGCAAGAAGCACCGCACUUGGUUCUUCUCUGCCGCCUCCGAGGAGGAGCGGAAGAGCUGGAUGGCCUUGCUGCGCCGGGAGAUCGGCCACUUGCACGAGAAGAAGGAGCUGCCUCUGGACUCGAGUGACUCCAGCUCAGACUCUGACAGCUUCUAUGGUGCAAUCGAGCGGCCCGUGGACAUCAGCCUGUCACCGUACCCCACAGACAACGAAGAUUAUGAGCAUGAAGAUGAGGAAGAUUCGUACAUGGAGCCCGACUCGGCAGAGCUGCUGCAGCCCGAAGAUGCCCUGAGCCACCCUCCAGCCUAUCCUCCGCCCCCUGUGCCCACACCCCGGAAGCUAGCCUUCUCCGACGUGCCCCGUGCCCACUCCUUCACCUCUAAGGGCCCGAGCCCCCUGCUGCCUCCGCCACCCCCGAAACGGAGUCUUCCCGAUGUGGGCUUUACCAUGGACACCAAGCUGGGUCUGAGGCAGGUUGAGGCCAGCUCCCGGGCAUCCACUGCCUCCCGCAGGCUGAGCGACCCCCCACUGGGUGGCCUGCGCAAACCCCCGUGCUUCCAGGAGCCCCGUGUCCCCAGCCCGGAGCCCCGCGCCCCCAGCCCAGGGGCCUCUUGCUCCUCGCGUGCCACCAGCAUUGCCGCUGCCGCCUCCAGGAACUGUGACAAGCUAAAGUCCUUCCACCUGUCCCCCCGGAGGCCACCCACGCUUGAAUCUCCACCGAUGCCCCCACCCGUGCCCGCCAACAAGCCCAAGUUCCUGCAGGGGGCCGGCGAUGCCCUCCGGAGAGAGGCUACUAGGCCCGGACCCUGUGUGCCCCCUGUGGCCCCCAGGCCGCCCGCGCUGAAGCUGCCUUUAACCGACACGCCCGACACCCGGCCCUCAGCCCUGCCCAGGCCAGAGAAGCCAUCUCUCCCGCACCUCCAGCGAUCACCGCCCGAUGGGCAGAGUUUUAGGAGCUUCUCCUUUGAAAAGGCCCGACAGGCCGCGCCGCCCGCCCCCAGCGGGGAGGACUCAGACGAGGACUAUGAGAAGGUACCCCUGCCCAGCUCCGUCUUCAUCAACACCACCGAGUCCUAUGAGGUAGAAAGGUUGUUCAAGGCCUCAAGCCCCCGUGGAGAGCCCCGGGACGGCCUCUACUGCAUCCGGAACUCCUCCACCAAGUCGGGGAAGGUCCUCGUUGUCUGGGACGAGACGUGCAACAAAGUGAGGAACUACCGCAUCUUUGAGAAGGACUCUAAAUUUUACCUGCAGGGCGAGGUCCUGUUUGUGAGUGUGGGCAGCUUGGUGGAGCAUUACUCCACCCAUGCUCUGCCCAGCCACCAGAGCCUGGUGCUACAGUGUCCCUACGGCUACGCGGGGCCCCGGUGACCAUGACCCCAGCCUCAAGGCCCCUGGCUGCAGUUCCCCAAGGCUGUGUGCGGCUCCGGGGACUCCGUGACUCAGAGCGACCCAGGCCACCACCCCAGGCUGUGCAACAAGACUCGGCGGCGGGGGACAAGCCAGAACCGGAGCAGGAGCCGGGGACCUGGUAGUCCCCUGGGAAUCCUGUCGAAACUUCCAGGUCAGGCCCCGCCCAGUAGGCUGGGUACUGGGGCUUUUGAGGAUUGGGGCACUCUCCUAGCUCACUCCUCUAGAACUGGACUUGCUGCACAGGGAUUCUGGAACUUUCACCUCAUCCCUGUGCACUGCGCCAGGAGCCGGGCAGGGUUUGGGCAUUUGUGGUGGGGGCAGGGGCUGGUCCCAGGACCCCCAGGAACACAAAGGCACAGGCUCCUGGAGGGGCCAGUGCCAGGCAAUAAAGCACACGUGACUUU